UGGGUCAUUAUGAAGCGACAGAGAGACGAGAAGAGAGGGUAUUGUCUUGGAGUUAAAUCGUUUGCAGGACAGAGAGACGCUCCUUCGUUGUUUUGGGUUGGGGCCACAGGCCAAUACUGAUCUUCUCUCUCUAUUUUCGGCUUCUCCAUUCCAUCUUCUCUCUCUACUUUCUCUCUCUCUCCUCAUCUCUUUCUUCUCUAUCUCCAGAGCCAAAAUUUUUAUAAUUCAUAAUCCCCAAUUCUCCGACCGGACCCGGACCCAGAGCAGACCAUCACGCAAACAACUCUCUCUCCAACGCUCUUUCUGUAACGCCUGCUUUUUCAGUCUCAGAUCAUAUCAAUCUACUCCCUGUGUCUCUAGAGUUAGGGUCAGGUUUUCCUCUCUCUUCGCGGCCGGAAAAGAUGGUGGCGGAUGGAGAGUCUGGGGAAUCGAGCGAUCUCUCUCAUGAAAUCGUGAGCGUUCACAUCAGAUGUUCGAAUGGCUCCAAGUUCACUGUUCAGGUCGAUCUGAGCUCCAGUGUCUCAGCGUUCAAGGCCCUGGUUGCUGAGACUUCCGACGUACCAGCACAGCAACAACGCCUCAUCUACAAGGGUCGAAUCCUGAAAGAUGAUCAAACCCUAAUUAGUUAUGGGUUGCAGGCAGACCAUACUGUUCAUCUGGUUCGUGGCGCUGCACCAGCUUCAGCAGCUAAUACAACACCUUCAUCCAAUGUCCCGAGUAACGCACCAGUUAGGGGGCUUGCUUUUCUUGAGGGUGGAGCUUCAGGAGGUGCUGGCCUUGGAGGUCUUCACUUGCCUAGUCUUGGCAUCAAUGGGCCUGGUGGAAAUGGAGGUGCUAAUUUAUUUGGUGUUGGACUCCCCGAAUUCGAACAGGCUCAACAGCAACUCACACAAAACCCCAACAUGAUGAGGGAGAUAAUGAACAUACCAGUUAUUCAAAACCUCAUGAACAAUCCUGAUCUAAUGCGUAACUUGAUCAUGAGCAAUCCUCAGAUGCGAGAGAUAAUUGAUAGGAACCCCGACCUUGCUCAUAUACUUAAUGACCCAAGCACUCUACGCCAGACCCUUGAAGCAGCUAGGAACCCUGAGCUUAUGCGUGAGAUGAUGAGAAACACAGAUAGGGCUAUGAGCAAUAUCGAGUCAUCACCAGAAGGGUUUAAUAUGCUCAGGCGUAUGUAUGAGACUGUGCAAGAACCGUUCCUCAAUGCUACCACUAUGGCAGGGGAUGGAGGAAAUGACUUGGGGUCAAACCCAUUUGCCGCUUUGUUGGGGAACCAAGGUGCUGGGCAGCCUAGGGAUCGUUCACAUAAUCCCUCAACUACUGGUUCAGAAGCGACAACAGGAUCCCCAGUUCCGAACACGAAUCCGCUACCGAACCCAUGGAGCAAUGCCACAGGUGCCCAGACUAAUGGCACAGCUGCACGGACAAGCCCUGGAGGUGAUGCAAGGGCUCCUGGCACAGGUGGGCUGGGAGGGCUUGGUCUUCCAGAUUUGAUGGCUGGGGGCUUGCAGGAUUCCUCUUUAUUGAAUCAGAUGAUGCAAAACCCAGCAAUGACGCAGAUAAUGCAAAGCCUCCUCUCUAACCCCCAGUAUAUGAACCAGAUUCUGGGUGCCAAUCUCCAAAAUGAUUCUCCUCUAAGACAAAUGAUGCAGAACCCGGAAUUUAUGCGUCAAAUGACUUCCCCAGAGACAAUGCAGCAAAUGCUGUCAUUGCAGCAAGCACUCAUGUCUCAGAUUGGCAGGCAAUCAACCGGCCAGGGACAAGGCCAGGCUGGCACUGGUGCUGGUGCCCCCAACAAUGCAGGAUUGGAUUCAUUGCUGGCCAUGUUUGGAGGUCUUGGAGGUGGUGGCCUAAGUGUUUCGAACACAGCUAAUGUGCCCCCAGAACAGCUUUAUGCCACACAGCUAUCUCAGCUUCAAGAGAUGGGUUUCAUUGAUAUUCAGGAGAACAUUCGGGCAUUGAAUGCCACGGCAGGCAAUGUUCAUGCUGCUAUAGAGCGCCUUUUGGGAAAUCUCGGAUGAGGGACGGCAAUGGUUUAAGGUGGGGAGGACCAAUUGUUCAUGGAGCUGAUUCAGUUUAGGAACAAGAAAUCGUCGGGUGGAAGUGAGAGUUGUGUUACUCGUUGGAUAAAUUGAAGUACCCAUAUAAUUUAGAUUGUGUUAAUUCUUUUCUUUUUACUGAGUGGGGUGAGAUGGGGAUGCUGAAUAAACCAGGAUAGGAGGAGCUAGAAGCCACUUGGGCUAUAUGACUUGGCCAGGGCAUAUGGGCCCUGAUAAGAUUAGGGAAGAGUUUUAAUGAGCUUUUAUUGAAAUUGGGUCCCUUCCAAAAAUCCAUUUGGAGAUGAAUUUAGCAUCUGAAAACACAUUUUGAAUCA